GACUUCGGCCACUGCAGCUUCGAAGGAAUGGCUAUUUUUACACAUGGAUGCUCCAUUUCCAGAUUUUUCUGUGAAAGGGAGGGGACCUUGUCUUUAGGCAUUCCGGCUGCUUCAGCUUUGCCGCAGAGAGCGGGAGUUUACGGACAUUUUGCGAGAGAGACAGGAACUAGUCGGCAGUUGUCAAAAAGGGAAGUUCUUGAUUUCCCAAGGAAAGGAUUCUUUGCCACAAGGAAAGUUGUCCUCACAGUCCCUAGGGACAGUAGCUCUUCAAACACAAGCAGCAGCAAGGACGAUCCUACAAGUAAACCCGAGCAAACACCUUUUGGCUACACGAGGAAGGAUGUUUUAUUAAUUGGUUUGGGUGUCACAGUUCUUGGAUUUGGACUGAAAAGUGGAUUAGAGUUUGCGGGGUAUGAUCCUAUGCAAGCAGGUAACGUUGUUCAACUUGUUCUGGUUUUGGGUUUAACGCUUGGAUGGAUUUCCACGUACAUGUUCAGAGUUUCAAGCAAGGAUAUGACAUAUGCUCAACAACUACGUGACUACGAAGACAAAGUCAUGCAGAAACGCCUUGAGAGCCUUACCGAAGCAGAGCUAAUGACAUUGCUUGAACAAGUCGACGAAGAAAAGAGCCAAUCAACUAGUGGUAAAUAGGUUAAACGAAAUUUGUUGCCUUCGAGGAGGGUUGACUCCUUUUUUUUUUUGAGUCCUUUGUUUGACAUUUGAGGACUUACCCGUCUAUUGGCACGACUAAGUUUAGGGCGUAGCUCUGAUACCAUGUUAAACAAACACGACUCUCCACAAUGGUAUGAUAUUGUCCACUUUGAAUAUAA